CACUCUGCUCUCCGCCGCCCGGGCUGCAGGGACCGGACGGGGACCGGCGCUGGCUGCGCGGGCGGAGAGCCGAGUCCAGGCCGGAGCCGGAGCCGCAGAGGGAGGCGAGAGGGCAGCGCGCCGAGAUGGCGGCCCCAGCGGCCGCGGCGGUGGAGGAAGGGAUGGAGCCGCGGGCGCUGCAGUAUGAGCAGACCCUGAUGUACGGCCGUUACACCCAGGACCUCGGGGCCUUUGCCAAAGAGGAAGCCGCUCGCAUUCGCCUGGGAGGGCCUGAGCCCUGGAGGAGCCCGCCCUCCCCUCGGACUCCCCCAGAGCUCCUGGAGUAUGGACAGAGCCGCUGUGCCCGAUGCCGCAUGUGCUCUGUGCGCUGCCACAAGUUCCUGGUGUCCAGGGUUGGUGAAGACUGGAUCUUCCUGGUCCUGCUGGGGCUCCUCAUGGCGCUGGUCAGCUGGGCCAUGGAUUACGCCAUCGCUGCCUGUCUGCAGGCUCAGCAGUGGAUGUCCCGGGGCCUGAACACCAACCUCCUGCUCCAGUACCUGGCCUGGGUCACCUACCCCGUCGUCCUCAUCACUUUCUCCGCCGGAUUCACACAGAUCCUGGCCCCUCAGGCUGUGGGGUCCGGCAUCCCCGAGAUGAAAACCAUCUUACGGGGAGUGGUGCUGAAAGAAUACCUCACCCUCAAGACCUUCGUAGCCAAGGUCAUCGGGCUGACCUGUGCCUUGGGCAGUGGGAUGCCGCUGGGCAAAGAGGGCCCUUUUGUGCAUAUUGCCAGCAUGUGCGCUGCCCUUCUCAGCAAGUUCCUCUCCCUCUUUGGGGGCAUCUAUGAGAACGAGUCGCGGAACACAGAGAUGCUGGCUGCCGCCUGUGCCGUGGGCGUGGGCUGCUGCUUCGCCGCCCCCAUCGGAGGCGUCCUGUUCAGCAUUGAGGUCACCUCCACCUUCUUCGCCGUGCGCAACUACUGGCGCGGCUUUUUCGCCGCCACCUUCAGCGCCUUCAUCUUCAGGGUCUUGGCCGUCUGGAACCGGGACGAAGAGACCAUCACCGCACUCUUCAAAACCCGAUUCCGGCUCGACUUCCCCUUCGACCUGCAAGAGCUGCCGGCCUUUGCGGUGAUUGGAAUCGCUAGUGGCUUCGGAGGAGCCCUCUUUGUCUACCUGAACCGGAAGAUCGUGCAGGUGAUGAGGAAGCAGAAGACCAUCAAUCGCUUCCUCAUGCGAAAACGCCUGCUCUUCCCAGCCCUGGUCACCCUGCUCAUCUCCACUCUGACCUUCCCUCCUGGCUUUGGACAGUUCAUGGCUGGACAGCUCUCACAGAAGGAAACACUGGUCACCCUGUUUGACAACCGGACCUGGGUCCGCCAGGGCCUGGUGGAGGAGCUCGAACCGCCCAGCACCUCACAGGCCUGGAGCCCGCCUCGCGCCAACGUCUUCCUCACCCUGGUCAUCUUCAUCCUCAUGAAGUUCUGGAUGUCUGCGCUGGCCACCACCAUCCCAGUGCCCUGUGGGGCCUUCAUGCCUGUGUUCGUCAUUGGAGCAGCAUUCGGGCGACUGGUGGGAGAGAGCAUGGCUGCCUGGUUCCCUGAUGGGAUUCACACAGACAGCAGUACUUACAGGAUCGUGCCCGGGGGCUAUGCUGUGGUGGGGGCGGCUGCACUGGCGGGAGCAGUGACACACACAGUGUCCACGGCCGUGAUCGUGUUUGAGCUCACGGGCCAAAUCGCCCACAUCCUGCCCGUCAUGAUCGCUGUCAUCCUGGCUAACGCCGUUGCACAGAGCCUGCAGCCCUCCCUCUACGACAGCAUCAUCCGAAUCAAGAAGCUCCCCUAUCUGCCUGAGCUGGGCUGGGGCCGCCACCAGCAGUACCGCGUGCGAGUGGAAGACAUCAUGGUGCGGGAUGUUCCCCAUGUGGCGCUCAGCUGCACCUUCCGGGACCUGCGGCUGGCACUGCACAGGACCAAGGGCCGCACGCUGGCCCUGGUGGAGUCUCCUGAGUCUAUGAUCCUCCUGGGUUCCAUUGAGCGCACGCAGGUGGUGGCGCUGCUGGCCGCCCAGCUGAGCCCAGCCCGCCGGCGGCAGUCCAAGCAGAAGCGCAGGGUAGCCCACACUUCUCCACCAUCCUGUCAGGAGAGUCCCCCUAGCCCUGAGACUUCCGUCUGCUUCCAGGUGAAGGCCGAGGACGCCCAGGGGGAGCCUCACAAGCCCCUAAAGCCUGCUCUCAAAAGGGGGUGCAGCAACCCCAUGAACCUCGGGGAGAGUCCCACAGGGCACGUGGAGUCGGCCGGCAUCGCGCUCAGGAGCCUCUUCUGUGGCAGUCCCCCUCCAGAGGCCACGUCAGAAUCGGAGAAGUCAGAAUCCAGUGAGAAGCGCAAAUCGAAGCGGGUCCGAAUCUCCCUGGCAAGUGACUCGGACCUGGAAGGUGAAAUGAGCCCGGAGGAGAUUCUGGAGUGGGAGGAGCAGCAGCUAGAUGAACCUGUGAACUUCAGUGACUGCAAGAUUGACCCUGCCCCCUUCCAGCUGGUGGAGAGGACCUCUUUGCACAAGACUCACACCAUCUUCUCGCUGCUGGGAGUGGACCACGCGUACGUCACCAGCAUCGGCAGGCUCAUUGGAAUCGUUACACUAAAGGAGCUCCGGAAGGCCAUUGAGGGCUCUGUCACAGCACAGGGCGUGAAGGUCCGGCCGCCCCUCGCCAGCUUCCGAGACAGUGCUACCAGCAGCAGUGACACAGAGACCACCGAGGUGCACGCGCUUUGGGGACCCCGCUCCCGCCAUGGCCUCCCCCGGGAGGGCAGUCCUUCCGACAGCGACGACAAGUGCCAGUGAGCCCCCGCGUGGGCUGUGGCUGUCAGGCCAGGUUGUAUAGCUCUCCCACGCCUCCUCCUGCCCUGGGAAAGCAGAACACAGCCACAGCCACAGCCCCACCUCCACGUCCAGACCCAGCCUGCCAAUGUCUCCCAGAGCUCAUCCCACCUGGAAACACCCAGCACCUCCUGCAGCAGGUGUCCCAAGGGCAAGAUCAGCACUGCCCUGGUAGCAUGGGGUCACUUGACCCCCACGACCCCGUUGAGGGGAAAGGGAUAGAACUAAGAUGGGUUUAUACUGGAACCUCCAAUGACCAGAUGUAUAUAGAGAUUUACAAAGAUUUUUAUAUUAAUUUAAUAAAACAAAUUCUUAAAUAGAACAAAAUAA